CGGGCGGAACGAAUGCGCCAAAUGCCUCUGCUAGUGACAGACUACUGCUGGACACAGACAGAGUCCACGGUCCACAUCAGCGUGCCUUUGAAAGGAGCAAAAGUGGGGAAAGUGGACAUCCUGUCUGCAGACGAAUACCUGAAGGUGCAUUUCCCGCCAUAUCUGUUUGAAGCCUUCCUGUUUGAACCUGUUGAUGAUGUCAGGAGCACAGCGAAGGUUGGGAACGGAGUCGCAGUCAUCAGUUUACCAAAGAGGACCAACAAAGUGUGGGAUCAUCUGAUGAUAACUACAAAUCAAAGAGGCAACAGGGACGCGAAGAGCAAGAUAAAACAAGUGGACCUGCCUGCUCCGAGACUUGUUGGAAAUAUUCAGGUCUCAUUCACCCCGCGAGUUUUCCCAACGGCCCUCAGGGAAUCCAGAGUGCCAGAGGAGGCAGAGUGGCUGAAGAAACAAGCUGAAGCCAGGCGUGCAGUAAAUGCAGAUGUAGAAGAGCUGAAGGACCUGAAGGAGGAGGAGCGGAACCCUGACUGGCUGAAGGACAAAGGAGAUAAAUGCUUUGCGGCCGGGGACUACCUGGGUGCAGUGAACGCCUACAACCUGGCCAUCAGGCUCAACAGAAAGAUCCCAGCUCUGUAUUCAAACAGGGCUGCAUGUCAUCUGAAGUUAAGAAAUCUUCACAAGGCCAUUGAGGAUUCCUCUCAGGCGCUUGAUCUGCUGACUCCACCAGUCGCUGCCAAUGCAGCUGCCAGAAUCCGAGCCCACGUCCGCCGAGGAUCUGCUUUCUGCCAGCUACAGCUCUAUGCAGAAGGGCUCCAAGACUACCAAGCUGCUCUAAAAAUUGUCCCUUCCAAUAAAGCGCUGCAGGCAGACGUGCAAAGAAUCAGGGACAUGAUUCAAGGCACUGCAGCUGAACCUGACACCCAGUGAGACACAGAAUGUACUGUACAUACGUAUAUGGCUCUUUAUUGUUUGCAUUGUUUGCCUGUUACCCAGUGGUUUAAUAAGGUCAAAGGUAUGCCAGGCACAGACCUGGAAAAGAGCAGAUCAGUAAGCACAGAGCACCCUCGUGUGGUCAAAUGUUGCUCCUCCUGAAAUGAAAUGAAAUCAGCAUGUAACUGAAUGGAUUUCGUUAUUUUCCAAAUAAAUGUUUACAUUGCCGCUUUUUCAGUACC